GGGGGUUAGGUGGGGCACGUAAUUGGAGCGCGCGGGGCAUGAUGGGGCACUUGCAGGGGCGCGAGGCUGGGUACGUAACGGGAGCGCGCGGGAAAUGAUGGGGCACCUAACGAGCACGCAGAGCAUGAUGGGGCACGGGUGCGAGGUGGGGCGCACAGUGGGAGCGCGUGGGGCAUGAUGGGACACAUGGCGAGGCCGUCAGGGCACAGGGGAAGCACUUUUGGAACACGUGAGUGACAGGGCUGCCGCCCUUGAAGGAGCCCUCGGAGUGGCUGCGUGGUGGGGCACGUGGGGCAGGUUCAGGAAAAAGGAUGCAGCAUGUGAUUGCAGGGCAACCUGGUGAGGACACGAGAGCCACUUGCCACCAGCAGGGUUCAGGGCUCCCAGCUGUGGGUUACUUCCACCUUCUUUCACUUUCCCUCUUCCAUUGUAUUCUAGAGAAUUUAGGCCCAGACAAGACACUGAUUGAUUGAUUGAUUGAUUGACUGACUGACAGAGGCUCGCUCUGAGCCCAGGCUGGAGUUCAGUGAUGGAUCUCAGCUCACAGCAGCCGCCACCUCCUGGGCUCAAGAGAUCCUCCUGCCUCGGCCUCCCAAGUAGCUGGGAUUACAGACGUGCACCACCAGGCCCAGCUAAUUUAUUUUUUAGUUUUUAAUUUGCUGGUAAGAUGGUUUGUAGCUUUGUUGCCUAGGCUGGUCUUGAACUCCUGGCUUCAAGCGAUCCCCCAGUCUUGACCUCCCAAAGUGCUGGGAUUAUAGGCGUAGGCUACAGCCAACUUUCAAUACUGCCCCAUUGGGGGUUACGUUUCCAACACAUGAAAUUAGGAGGAUACAUUCAAACCACAGCAGUAUAUUAUGACCAUAAUAUUCAUUAACUGUGUAACAGGCUGGGCGCGGUGGCUCACACCUGUAAUCCCAGCACUUUGGGAGACCAGAGUGGGUAGAUCACUCGAGGUCAGGAGUUUGAGACCAGCCUGGCCCACAUGAUGAAACCGCAUCUCUACUAAAAAUACAAAAAAUUAGCCGGUGUGGUGGCAGGCGCCUGUAACCUCAGCUACUUGGGAGGCUGAGGCAGGAGAAUCACUUGCAUCCGGGAGGUGGAGGUUGCAGUGAGCCUGAUUGCACCACUGCACUCCAGCCUGGGCAACAAGAGCAAAACUCUGUCUCAAUAAACAAACAAACAAACAAAACCUGUAUAACAGAGUGUCAUUGAAUUUCUAAACGUUGAAAGACUUCACAUUAAAAAAAAACUCACAAUUUAAUAUUAUUGAGUGAAAGAAACCAGACACAAAAGGGUACAUUCUAUAUGAUGCUGUUUAUGUGACAUUCAAAAACAGGCCACAUGACAACAUGGUAAUAAGGACAGUGGCUGUCCUUGUUAGGAGUUAUGACUGGAAGGAGGCAGGAGGGAGCUUUCUGGAAACACUCUACAUCUUGCUCUUGAGAGUGCAUGUAUAUACAUCAAGUGUUUAUCAAGCUGUGUGGUUAAGAUUUGCACACUUGUAUAUGUUAUACCUCGAUUUAAAAAAUCUAAAUAAGUAAAUAAAGAUACCUUCAAAUCUCUUAAAAAAAAAAAAAAAAAACAAGAGGCCAGUUUCGGCGGCUCACACCUGUAAUCCCAGCACUUUGGGAGGCUGAGGUAGGAGGAUUGCUUGAGGCCAGGAGUUCAAAACCAGCCCAGGCAACAAAGUGAGACCCCUGUCUCUACUAAAAUAAAUAAAACAAUAAAAUAAAAAAAAAAUUCGAGAGAUCGAACCAUCAUCUGCCAGUUUGUAUUAGAAAAAAAGAGAGAGAGAAGGAAGACUGGGUGCAAUAAGGCUCAUGCCUGUAAUCCCAGCACUUUGGGAGGCCAAGGUGGGAGGAUUGCUUGAGCCCAGAAGUUGAAGAUCAGCCUGGGCAACAAAGCAAGACCCGGUAUCUACAAAAAAAUUUUUUUAAAAUUAGCUUGGCAUGGUGGCACGUGCCUGUAGUCCCAGCUACUCAGGCAGCUAAGGUAGGAGGAUGGCUUGAGCCUAGGAGUUGGAGGCUGCAGUGAGCUGUGACCACGCCACUGCACUCCAGCCUGGGCAACAGAGCAAGACACUGUCUUCCCCUGCCCCCCAGCCCCCCACCCCCCCCAAAAAAGGAUAGUAAGAGCAAGAGAUUGAGAUUCAGAAAGAACUGUUUCCCAGCACCUGUCUGCUCCUGUCGGGGUCGUGAGGUGUGGACAGUGUGCCUAGUCCCUCUGUUUCUGCCCCUCCUCCACAGUGGCCAAGGCCAGCACUUGAAUGUUAUCAGAGCAGGCCCAACAAAGGCUGCCUCCCCAGUCCUGUGAUGUAACCCAGUUUCCACCUGAUUCUGGUGACCUUGGGGACACAGGGGUGUUGCUGGGGAAGGGGAGGAGAGAAGGGGCAGAGACCAGGCAGUGGUGCAGGCGUCCAGCUGCACUUCCCACUUCUGACUCUGUGCCUGCUGUUCCCUGCUGGGAAGAAGAAAAGCCAGUGAUGCUGGCUUGAGGCCAUAGUGGGAGGCCCAGUGGAUCCUGAGAAGCCAGGUAUUCCAAUGUCGGGCUCUUGCUGGGGGCUUCUGGUGCUUCUUCUGUCUCACUGACAAGCUUUCAUAGGGGAGCAGAUGGGAGAUCAGGGUAGAGGCCUUGUAGGUUCCAGGCUCUCUAGAAUUACCUGGGAGUGUCACCUAUAAGUGUAGAGUUCUGGGUCUCACUGGAGACCCCCUGAAGCAGAUCCUUUGAAGGUGGGCCUCUAGAAUCUCUAUUACACCUAUGCUUUCAACAGUUUCCCGAAAGUUUGGGAACUGAUCUAGAAGGUGGGGAGCUUGCCUGGGUUUUGCUGUCCAGUUCUAGGUCCGGAUGCAUGCUGGGGCUGGACCUUGCAUUAUUAGUGUCACUGCAAAUGACCCUGCAGAUGGCCCCUUUCAUGCUUGUCUCCAAAUUUGAGUAAAAAAUGUAGACACACACACACACACACACACACACACACGUAUCUUCAAGGGACCAGUUUUUUCACUGCAGUCUUUUGUUUUACAGCUGCGGAAACUGGGGCCCAAGGUCAUGUGGGUUAGGACUGGGAUCCAGGACUCAAAGUGUUUCCUCUAAAAUUCUGGUGCUCCUUAGGGUUGAGGGUGGUGGAUGAGUGCUGGACAGGGGGAGGGGAGUGGACAGGACUGAGGUCGGAUGCCUGUGUUUCAGCCCGGGCAGUGAGUGUGGAUGGCUUGGCAGGUGAGCCUGCCAGAGCUGGAGGACCGGCUUCAGUGUCCCAUCUGCCUGGAGGUCUUCAAGGAGCCCCUAAUGCUACAGUGCGGCCACUCCUACUGCAAGGGCUGCCUGGUUUCCCUGUCCUACCACCUGGAUGCCGAGCUGCGCUGCCCCGUGUGCUGGCAGGUGGUGGACGGCAGCAGUUCCCCGCCCAACGUCUCCCUGGCCCGGGUGAUCGAAGCCCUGAGGCUACCUGGGGACCCGGAGCCCAAGGUCUGCGUGCACCACCGGAACCCGCUCAGCCUUUUCUGCGAGAAGGACCAGGAGCUCAUCUGUGGCCUCUGCGGUCUGCUGGGCUCCCACCAACACCACCCGGUCACGCCCGUCUCCACCGUCUGCAGCCGCAUGAAGGAGGAGCUCGCAGCCCUCAUCGCUGAGCUGAAGCAGGAGCAGAAGAAGGUGGAUGAGCUCAUCGCCAAACUGGUGAACAACCGGACCCGAAUCGUCAUGAGUUCGGAUGUCUUCAGCUGGGUGAUCCGCCACGAGUUCCAGGAGCUGCGCCACCCGGUGGACGAGGAGAAGGCCCGCUGCCUGGAGGGGAUAGGGGAUCACACCCGUGGCCUGGUGGCCUCCCUGGACACGCAGCUGGAGCAGGCCCAGGGAACCCGGGAGCGGCUGGCCCAAGCCGAGUGUGUGCUGGAACAGUUCGGCAAUGAGGACCACCACGAGUUCAUCCGGAAGUUCCACUCCAUGGCCUCCAGGUAAUAACCUUGGAGAGAGCUCAGCCAGGGUCUGGUGGCUGCGGGCACGGGCAUCUCAGCUCCACUGGUUCCUCCAUUCAGCUUAACCAGCGCCUCCCAAGCAGCUGCCCACAGCUGGCUCUAUAACUGAGCCUGGGGAAGACAGAGGAAAGUCACGUCCCUGCCUUCAAGGGUCUCGCAGACAGGUGGGGAGGCAGAUGGUGAACUGUGGGUACCUAGAACAGCAGAAGUUCACUCAAGCUACAGAAAUACUAGAGGAGGGUAGCUCAUGCCUGCAAUCCCAGUACUUUGGGAGGCCAAGGCAGGAGUAUUGCUGGAGGCCAGGAGUUCGAGACCAGCCUGGCCAAUGUAGUAACACCCCCGUCUCUACAAAAAAUACAAAAAUAAAAAAAUUAGUUGGGCAUGGUGGCAUGCACUUAUAGUCCCUGCUACUCAUAAGGCUGAGGUGGGAGGAUUGCUUGAGCCCAAAGUUUGAUGCUGCAGUGAGUCAUGAUCAUGCUACUGCAUGAUCCAGCCUGGGUGACAGAGCGAGACCCUGUCUCAGAAAACAAAACACUAGAGGAGGAGCAGGUGUCUGGGAGGCCUGGCAGAGGGGCACACGCCUGAUGGCUGAGAAGGGCCCAGGACCCGAGUUUGCCAGGCAAGCCGAGGGAACAGUCCUGUAAAAGGGGGAGUGGCAUGCGGACUCUGGUUAUGAGAAGUUCAGGGUGGCUGGGUGUAAGGCAGGAUAUCAGGAGGAGUGGGAGCUGGGAGAGGUGGGAAAUGGCCAGAAGCAACAUCCAGGAGCACCGAGCAUCCCUUGCUUACCGUCCUCACCCUUGCGCAGCAGGCAGUAUCAGCCCUGCCUGAAACUUGCUCUGCAGAUUGUGGGAAGAGAGCGGAUCCAUGUUCUAGACCCAACAAACGAACACGUGCAGUUCCCAAGCCUUCCUCACUCCCUGUUUAUGGGAGACUCCUUGUUUCUCACAUUUCUUUUAGUCUUAGAGACAAUUUGGUCAGGAGACAUGGGUUUAAAUGAAGGCACAGAGCCUGGGCACGGCAGCUUACACCUGUAAUCCCAGCACUUUGGAAGGCCAAGGCAGAAGGAUGACUUGAGGUCAGGAGAUCAAGACCAGCCUGGCCAACAUGGUGAAACCCUGUCUCUAUGAAAAAUACAAAAAUUAGCUGGGUGUGGUGGCACAUACCUGUAAUCCCAGCUACUCGGGAGGCUGAGGCACGAGAAUCUCUUGAACCUGGGAGGUGGAGGUUGCAGUGAGCUGAGAUUGCUCCACUGCACUCCA